UCGACUUCAUCCGCACUCAUCGCAAUUCUACUCUUCUGUAUUAUGGCGCGAAAGCCUCCCUCACAACCCCAGCCAAGCCAGUCUCAGCGCCGGCGACAUCGACGAAGAGAUGAUGAUGAAGAAGAAGACAACAACGCGAGGGUGCAAAGUGACGCGGAGGAAGCAGCAGACGGAGUGGACGAGGACAUGGAAGUGGACGUCGCGCAAAACGAGCUGGAGAGAAAAGCAAACGAUCUCGUCCGUCUCGCGCUGUUCACGGAAAGCAAGCGGGUCCCGCUCAAGAGAGACGAAAUAUCAAAGAAAGUUCUCGGAUCCAACACGCGCUCAUUCAACCUCGUGCUUGCGCGCGCACAGGACAUCUUGCGCAAGACGUUCGGGAUGGAGCUUCAUGAGCUGCAGACGCGCGGUGCCAAGUUAGAGAAGGACAAGGACGCGAACAGCAAGGAGAGCGAGCUCCUGAAGAACACAGGCGUCAGGAAACGCGCCGCACCGAUCGGGACGAAGGCGUACAUCCUGCGGUCGGUGCUGGACCCUGCGAUUAUCGAGCGCGCAUGUGCACCAGACGCGGACAUCCUGGCGAUCGAGCGUGAGGAUAUGGCGAACAAUGAUGAGGUCUACACCGACGAGGAUGACGACGGGCCGUGCACGCGCUCGGUGGGGAGCAUCCUGGCCUGGGAGCGGUCCGACGAGCUGGGCUCGGUCGGCGUGUUGUACACCAUCCUCGCGUUGAUCUUGGUAGAUGGCCGUGUCAUGAGAGACAAUGACCUGCGAAGCCUGUUGAAACGCCUCAAUCUUGGCCACGGCGCCACGCUCCCGCUAAGCAGCCGCUCGACAAGCACAUCCCUCACGGUCGACGCCUACCUCGCGCAGCUCCUUCGGCAGGGCUACCUCGAACGACAACGCAUUGGCGAGACGAAGGGGGCUGGCAAGCGUGGGCGUGUGUCCGCGGCGGCGCCGGCGGGCGACGACGGCGCGAAUGCAGUCGAGUGGCGCUGGGGUCCGCGUGCGAUGAGCGAGGUGGGCGAGCGUGCCGUCGCCCGGUUCGUGGCGGAGUUUAUGGUGGACGGGCCGAAGGCGGAGAGUGAGGAUGAGAGCGCGGGGGAUGAUGCAGAGAGGAGAAAGAAGGUCGAGGUGGUGAUGAAGGGCGUCGAGAGGGCUGCGGGUGGUGAUCCGUUGCAGAAUCUGGUAUGAGUGAGCCG